UUCUAGUAGAAACUUUAAAGUUGGUAUGAAAUUAGAAGGUAUUGAUCCUAAACAUCAGAGUUUAUAUUGUGUUUUAACUGUAGCAGAAAUUCAGGGUUACAGAAUACGCCUUCAUUUUGAUGGAUAUUCUGAAUGUUAUGAUUUCUGGAGUAAUGCAGAUUCUCCGUUCGUUUUUCCUGUUGGUUGGUGUGAGAAAAAUGGAAAAACAUUAGAACCACCUAAAGGUUUAUCACAGAAUGAAGGUUUUAAUUGGCCUAAUUAUUUAAGGAAUACUAAGAGUGCUGCAGCUCCAAAAUGUUUAUUUGUUAGUCAGCCUGCUACAUCGGUGACACCUACAGCAUUUAGAGUUGGUAUGAAAUUAGAAGCAGUAGAUAAGAAGAAUACCUAUUUAAUAUGUGUAGCUACUGUUGCUGAUACUCUAGGAGAUAAAAUAUUAAUACAUUUUGAUGGAUGGGAGAACAAUUAUGAUUAUUGGUGUGAUAUCAAUUCACCAUGUAUCCAUCCUGUAGGUUGGUGUCAAGAAAAUGGACAUACCUUAUCUCCUCCUUAUUGGAAGGAGUCUGAAACAUUUUGUUGGGAAACCUAUCUUACUGAUAAUAAAUCUUCAGCAGUACCUGCCAGAGCUUUUAAACCUAGACCCCCAUAUUAUUUUGAGAAAGAUAUGGUAUUAGAGGUUGUGGAUCCUAGAAAUCCUAUUUUAAUCCGAGCAGCAAGGAUAGUAGAUGUGGAUAGCAAUAGAAUUAAGAUACAUUUUGAAGGCUGGUCUAGUGAAUAUGAUUUUUGGGAAGAUGAUGACUCAAUGGAUAUUCAUCCUCCAAAUUGGUGUGUUCGUACCUCACAUUGGCUACAACCACCACUAUCUCCAAGUGAUUUAGUGACAGACUCCAAUCAAACGGGUUGUCCUACACCAGGUUGUAAAGGUAUUGGUCAUAUAAAAGGUGCUAAAUUUACAGGUCAUCACAGUUCUUUUGGAUGUCCAUAUUCAACAAUGAAUUUAAAUAAAGAAACACCACUGUUAGAUAGAUUGGGUUCAACCAGAUCAGAGGAAGGCUCUUUAACGCCAAAUAAAUCUAAAACAGAUUCAGUUUCUAAUUCUCCUGAAGGAUUGAAGCCACUUAAUAUUGAUGAUAGAAGAUUUAAGAAAUUUAGAGAUGAGAAAUCGUCGGAGCAGAGUGCAACAGCUUCAUCUGCAGGCGAUUUGUAUACAGGAAUACAUCAAUCAGUGUUUCAAACAUCAUCUAUACCCAAUCCAACAAAUGAUUUACCAUUAUGUUGGGAACAACAUAGUAAACUUUUACCAGGAGUUGACAAAUUACAGACACAAGAUGUCAGUAAAUGGACUAUCAAUGAAGUGGCUAAUUUUAUACAUACCUUACCUGGAUGUGAAAGUCAUGGCAACAAAUUUGUGGAUGAGCAAAUUGAUGGCGAAGCAUUUUUAUUGUUAAAUCAAUCAGACAUUGUGAAAAUAUUAAACAUUAAACUUGGACCAGCAUUAAAAAUAUUUAACAGUAUUCUUAUAUUUAAAAAUGUUGAAACUUGA